AUGUAAGAAUAGACUGAGAGUGAAAAUUUAUUUUAAGGAGAGUAGUUAGUUUAGCUAAAUGAAGUUAAUAAUGCCUCAAAAGAAAAUCAAUAAGGAAUACUUUAAAGUGAAUAGCCAAGCUAUAAGUAGAAAGAGUAUUGGAAUGAGCGAUACAAGUUUAAAUAAACUUAUUAUGAUUGGUAUUGUGGAUAUGAAGAACUAAAACCUGUCUUUGAAAAAUGCUAUAAUAUCUCUAAAGACGCAAAAAUUUUAAUGAUUGGUUGCGGAAAUUCAAAGCUGAGUGAGGAUAUGUUUGAUGAUGGUUAUAUAAAUAUUGUUUCUACUGACAUAUCAGAUGUUGUUAUUCAGUAGAUGAAGGAGUAAACUUAAAAAAAAAAUAUGAUUUUUGAAGUGCAAGACUGUACAAAUCUCACCUACUAAGACCAAACAUUUGAUUUUGUAUUUGAUAAAGGAACUUUAGAUGCUUUGAGUUGUGAUAAAGAAGAAUAAAGUGUGAAUAAAAUGCUAUCAGAAAUGAUGAGAGUCUGUAAACCGCAAGGAUCAGUAAUCAUAGUUAGUUUUGGGUAAUUGCAUGAAAGAAAAGUUGUUUUUUAAGAAAGUCUAGGCUUUUAAAAGUACUCUUAUGAGCUCUGUUAAAAGUAUCUCUCUAUAGAUUCUUAACUAACAAAUAUUAUGCGUCAUGUUUCUAAUGGUUUGCCUAUAAACUUAGUCCUUAAAAACAAAAAUUUGCUUUUAUAAACUUUAAUAGAACUUAGAAGUAUUAAGGGUUUACUAAAGAAUGAAGUAAUCCAAAGCUUAGCUAUAGAUUGGGAAUAAGUGACACAAAAAGAAAAUGCUCAAGAAUUUUAAAUUUAAGAUGAAUAAAAAUUAGAAUAAGGUAAUGAUUGUUUCUAAAAUACACAGAAUGAAAAUACAGCUUAAAUAUAAUAAAAUACAAAUGAAAAAAAUGAUAUCAAUAAUUCUGAUUAAAAUGAUUAACUUAGCAACUCAAGCAAUAAAAUAAAUUAGGAAAAUAAUUUAUAAUAAAACCUAAUUAAGAAAGAAGAAUAAUCUGAGAAAGUGAAUAAAAAAUAAGAAGUUAUAGAUUAAAAAUAAGAACAACCAUAAGAAAACGAAUAAGUAGAUAAUAUACCUUAAUAAUAAAGUCAACAUAUUGAAGAAGAGUAAAAUAAAAAUGACUGUUCAUUAAGUGAUCAAGAAGAAGAAAGCGAUUCAGAAGAAGAUAAAUAAAAAAAACCAAAAUUUAGAAGGUAAACCUAAUGUUUUAUUUAUAGGAUAACUCACAAAAACUGA